AAAAAGAAAAAGAAAAAAAAUGUCAUUUAUUUCUUGUCAGACACCACGUUGUCUCCUUCCACCUUUAGUUUUUCCAGAUUUUCCUCUUUUCUUCAUUGCGGUAACUUAAUUAUUUCAUUUUUGUUGAUUAUACAGUAAAAUUUUCAGCUUUAUAAAAGGGUUUAUCAUAGAACUCAUUUGCCAAGUAUUGUUAGUUUCACUGCAACAUUUCAAAGAGAGAAGCUGUUUAGAGAAGAGAAAAAAGGGAGAGGAAGAGAAAGCAUGGGAAGUGUAGGAGAGAUAGAAGAGAUGCAAUGGUUGUCUUCUCCAACUUCAACCUCACCAACCACACUGCCUUCAUUGUCUUUGAACCAUGUUUCUUUUGUUUGCAAAUCAGUGAGUAAAUCAGUGAGGUUUUAUGAGGAAGUGUUGGGAUUUGUUCUCAUCAAACGCCCUUCUUCUUUCAACUUUGAAGGAGCUUGGUUGUUCAACUACGGAAUAGGCAUCCACUUGCUAGAAUCAGAAAGUGUUCCAACAAAGAAAGAAAAAAUCAAUCCAAAAGACAACCAUAUUUCAUUCCAAUGCUCUGAUAUGAAGCAGGUGAUGCGGAAACUUGAAGAGAUGAAUAUCGAGUAUGUGACAGCAGUAGUGGAAGAAGGUGGGGUUGAAGUAGAUCAGUUGUUUUUCCAUGAUCCUGAUGGCUACAUGGUUGAGAUUUGCAACUGUCAAAACCUUCCUGUUCUUCCACUUUCCUCUUGCCCUCUCAAGCUACCCAAUUCUGGCAGAAACCAUGCAUUUUCUUCAUUAUAUGGUAGGUUCUGUUAUACAUUUCGCCGUAUUUAUUGUUGUCAUUGCCUUGAGAAGCUGACCGUUAACGUGUCGGAAACUACAGGGAAGCGAAGCAGGGAGGCAGCUUGCUCUGGAAUGGCGGCUCUGAUGAUGGAAAACUUGGUCAUUGACUUGCUGGACAUAUCAAUUUGACAGAGCUGAACAGAGAUCAGCGUGGUUGUGAGUUUGUUAGUCGUUGUCCUGCACUGGUUGUAUUUCAUCAAUGUUAUAAAUGUGUGUACACACCCCGUUCUGAACGGGGUUCUAAUUAAUUUUGUUUUUGUUAAUAAAAAUAAUAAAAAAGAAAAAUUAGUGGUUGAGUUUGUUUGAAUUGAAAAGUUUGAAUUG